UUGGAGCAGUAAGCUCCUACUACCAACAUGUUUCCUUCUCCCGGCGGUAGCAGCAACUCCGCUGCAAGUGAGACUCCAAGUGAGAAGAGGGAUGAAGAAAUUAGUAUGGCACCAGAGGAACCAGUACUGGUAGACAACAACAACCAAGAGGAAAACAGUUUGCAACAAUUGAAUCUACUGGCUGAUACAUCAGAGUGGUUCAAGAACAUGGAUGAUGAUGAUGAGUCACCCCUAUGGCUAAACGUACUGCUGAGAACCGCAUUCUGGAGGAAGUGUGACGUGCAUGAUCAGCUUGAAAAUACACAUAGGGCUGAGGAAAGCAUCUUCUGCACCAACUGCCUCAAGACAAUAUGCCCACACUGCAAACAUGAUCAACCGAGCCACCAACUCCUCAAGGUCCGCCGCUACAUCUUCCGCAGCGUCGUCCAUGUCAAGGACAUGCAGAAUUUUGGUAUUGACAUGUCUUACAUACAGGCAAAUAGGCUGGUCUCCAUUUAG